AUGUCUGUUUCUACCAAUACUGUGACCUCUUUGCCUGGUCCUGACCCCCAGGCAUCCUUCCGCCAGGAGCGGGAGAACCAAAAGUUCGAUCCCGUACAAAUGCACUACUUUUUGGAGGGAUCGAAGGCUAGAGCUGAGGCGAUUAAAAGACUCACUCAGCAAAUGGAGCGUGACCCGGUUCUUGCUUCCGACUCCAGUAUCUAUGAUUUGAACAAGGAACAACAGCGUGAGUUGACUGCUGUCAAAAUCAACAGGAUGGCCCGUUAUAUCGAGAAUGAUGAUCCUAAAGACUUCAACCUUAGAAUGAGUUUGUUUGGUCUUUUUGACCCACAAGUUGCCACCAGAAUCGGUAUCAACCUUGGAUUGUUCCUUUCGUGUGUCCGUGGUAACGGAACCCCCGAGCAAAUCGAGUACUGGACGUUUAACAAGGAAACCGCCGGUCUCAAGAGCAUCUAUGGAUGUUUCGGUAUGACCGAAUUGGCCCAUGGAUCCAAUGUUGCCGGAUUGGAGACCACUGCUACUUAUGACGAAGCCACCGAGGAGUUUGUCAUCAACACCCCACACAUUGGAGCCACCAAAUGGUGGAUUGGUGGUGCUGCUCAUUCUUCCACUCACUGUAGUGUCUACGCCAGAUUGAUUGUCAAGGGUAAGGAUUACGGUGUCAAGACCUUUGUUGUUCCUCUUCGUGACUCCAACCACGACUUGAUGCCCGGUGUGACCGUUGGUGACAUUGGUGCCAAGAUGGGAAGAGAUGGUAUUGACAAUGGAUGGAUCCAGUUCUCCGAUGUUCGUGUGCCCAGAUUUUUCAUGUUGCAAAAAUUCUGUAAGGUGUCCAAGGAGGGUAAAGUUACAUUACCUCCAUUGGAACAAUUGUCGUAUUCGGCUUUGUUGGGAGGAAGAGUAUCCAUGGUUCUCGAUUCCUACCGUAUGUCGGCCAAGAUGUCUACCAUUGCCUUGAGAUAUGCCGUGGCUAGACGUCAAUUUAAGGGCUCCAGUAGCUCUGAUGGUAAGGAAACGCAAUUGAUCAAUUAUCCAUUACAUCAAAGAAGAUUAUUCCCAUACUUGGCCCAGGCUUAUGUGUUGUCUGCAGCUGCCUUAAAGGUGGAGCACACCAUUGAGCAAACUUUGGAUGACUUGGAUGCCGCGGUUGCUUCUAACGACAUGCCAGCUAUCAUGCGUUCCAUCGAUGGCAUGAAAUCCUUAUUUAUUGAUUCUGGUUCUUUGAAAUCGACCAGUACUUGGCUCGGAGCCGAGGCUAUCGACCAGUGUAGACAGGCAUGUGGUGGCCACGGUUACUCGUCCUACUCUGGAUUCGGAAAGGCUUACAACGACUGGGUUGUGCAAUGUACUUGGGAAGGUGAUAACAACGUUUUGGCCAUGUCGGUUGGUAAGCCAAUUGUCAGACUGAUUCUGGAAGUUCUUGACAAGGGAAAGAAGGUUCGUGGAUCCACUUCGUUCUUGAACCAUACCAAGGAAAACUUGGGUGAAACCCCAGUCAUCAGCAACGUUUCUGACCUUCAAGACUUGAAAAAGAUUUUGACUGCUAUUGAAGUGUUGAUUAUGCGUUUGGGUGCUGAUGCUGUCAAGACCAUCAAGGCCAACGGUGGAAACCAGGACAGUGUUUCUCCUCAAUUGGUGGUUAUUUCCAAGUUGAAGGCUAACCAUUAUGCUUUAGAAGAGUACAUUCGCAGAGUGGACACCCACGAUAACCUGGAACUCAAGCCAUACCUUUUAUCACUUGGAAGAUUGUAUGCUGCAUCGAUGAUUAUCGACCGUUUUGCCGGUGAUUUCUUGACCUACUCUGUGUUGAGCACCAAGGUUGUGGCUGAAAACAACUCUAUCAACCUUCCAAAAUUGUGUGAAGAGGUUCGUCCUCAUGUUAUCACCUACACUGAUUCUUUCCAAUUGAGCGAUAUGAUUAUCAACUCUGCCAUUGGAAAGUUCGAUGGUAAUGUCUACGAGAACUACUUUGGUAUCGUUAAGGCUAACAAUCCUCCAUUCAAGACCAAGGCUCCUUACUCGGGCAGUUUGGAGGCUAUGUUGAAUAGACCUGCCAAAGAGGAGAGAGAAAGAUUUGAAAAGAUUGGCCAGGCCAAACAAUUUUUAUCUAAGGGUUUGUAA